AUGAUUGAAGACUAAGUGGAUUAGUAUGUAAGUCAGGUUGUUUAGCAACUUAAUCAAAUUAAAGAUUUAGAAGUAACCGAUAUAAGAAAAGAUAAAGAGGGAUUUGGUAAAUAUUUGUUUGCUAAAUAUUAGCAAAAUAGUUGUAUGAUUUAAAUAAUCUCAGUAUAAAAUGAUGAAAAAUUAUCUUAGUAUAAAAAGUUAUAAAUAGCUAUAGAAAAAGUCAAUAGACUAAAACAGUGCUCUCAUAAAAACAUUAUAAGAUAUUACGAUUCUUUCUAAAUCGAGGACAGCUUUUUUAUUGUUAUGGAAAAAGUAGAGUUCUCGCUUCAGCAGUGGAUUAAUGAUAAUAAGAAAAAUUUAAUAUAAAAAGAAUAAUUUUUAAAAUUUGCUUUGUAAAUGGUUGAAGCAGCUGAUUACUUGCAUCAAAAAAAGUACAUUUUGAGCAAUAUAAGCUUAAAAAAUAUAUUUUUAGAUAGAGAUUUGAAUAUAAAACUCUCAACUUUCACAGUUUAAUAAGAAGUUAGCGUGAAAUAUCUACUACAUAAAUAAAUUUAUGCACUUGAAAAUGAUUAAUUAAUAUACUUCCCAAUCUUUUUAAUUGAUAAGCGAGAUAAUUAAGAUUUGAUAACUUUGAGUAGCAAACAAGAUAUGUAUACAAUCGGUUUAUGUCUUUAUUGUCUAACUGGUGUUUCAUAUAUGGAAGUUUUAAAUUACAUUUGGGGUGAUAAAUUUUAAGUCAGUAUAAGUCUUGGUGUAGAUGUAAACUAAAUAUUACAAUUAAUGCUCUUUAGAAAUUAAUGUAGUUUCGUUCCUUCCCCUAGCUAUUUUAUUAAAUCAUUUUAACAAAUUAUUGAAUCUUUAAAUAAACAAUAGAAAAAAAAUGAUGAUAAAAGCUAAGGAUAAGCGAAGUUUUAAAUGAGUAAGGAUGAAGAAGUUCAAUACUUAAAAUUGUUUUAAGAAAUUGCUACUUUUGUUGAUAAUAUUAAACAAGAAAAAGAAUAAUUAUCUGAAGAUGAAGAAGGAAAUUAAGAAAUUAAAUCUGAAGUUAAAGAAGAAAGCUAACAAAUUAAAUCUGAAGAUAGUAAUGAUGUUGAUAUAUUUAUAGAGAAAACAAGAUGCCUUACUUAAAUGAAUUAAAAUUGUGAUAUUCUUUAUUUAUUUCUAGGUCAUUUGUAUGAAAUAUCUUAAGAUUUUCAAUAAUCUCUAGAUUCUUAUAAAAAGGCUUUUGCUUUAAACGAUUAAAACGAUGCUGCUGUGUUUGGAAUGGGAUUAGCAUACGGAGAGUUAGGAUUUAUAUAAGAAUCUUUAAAUUGUUAUAAUAAAUAUAUUAACUUAAACACUUUGGAUGACGAAGUAUAUAAUAAUAUUGGAGAUAUCUAUUUUAAUUUAAAUGACUAUAAUACAUCAAAAAGCUACUUUAAAAAAUCUGUAGAGUUCAAUCCAAGAUAGCAUAUUGCCUUUUAUAAUUUAGGUUAAGUUUAUUUUUAAUAAAAUAUGUUUUAGAAAGGAUCAUACUACUUAAAGAAAGCAAAAAAAAUCGAAUUAGAUGAUGAUACCUCUGAACUAUUAGGUUUUUUUUAUAAAUAAAAGCAAGACUAUGAAAAAUCCCUCAAGUGUUAUGAAAAAUUGUCAAUUAAAACAUAAAAUUAUUAGCAAUAUAAAAAUCUAAUACAUAGUAUUAAGUCUUAAAUUUGA